AAAUGGUGAGUAGUUGGGAAGCAGUCUCCGCCUCUAAAGGUUCUAUCCUGGAGCUGAGGUUUGCAGGUUAUAAAUAGCGGCUCUCUGGGUUGCAGUGUUCGCUCGGAGCUGCAGGAUCCCUGCUCCCAGUGUGUGUGCGUGUCUCCUGGCCGGACAAUGCAUUACCUUAGCUGGCUGGUCCUCGCCCCGCUGUUAGCCCUGGUGACAGCAGCUCCCCGCUGUCCCAGUGGCUGCCAUUGUCUGGGGGACCUGCUCCACGUGGUGUGUGAGAACAGAGGGCUGAAGAAAAUCCCAAGAGUUCCCAACAAGGUCCGGCUCCUGAGUCUGCAGCAGAACAACUACCCCAUCCUCCCUUCCAAUGGCUUCAGCUCCAUGAAGGGCCUGGUUUCACUCCAUCUCCAGGACUGUCACAUCCGAGAGAUCUCCCCCAAUGCUUUCCGUGGGCUCAAGAAGCUCGUCUACCUGUACUUGUCCAACAAUGAGAUUAACACCAUCAGGCCAGGUGCCUUCCAGGACCUCGCACAAUUGACCUACCUCUACAUGGACAACAACCGAAUCAGUGAGCUCGCCAAGGGGCUGCUGAACCCGCUCAAGAGCUUGUUCCUGCUGCAGCUCUCCAACAACAGGAUGCAACAGGUCAAACCGGGCACCUUCGCUGGCGCUAAGGAACUGCGGUGGCUCCACCUCAGCGGCAAUGACAUGACCACCAUCCUGCCCGGCGCCCUGGAUGAUGUUGAGAACUUGGCCACCCUUCACCUGGACAAGAACAAACUGAACAGCUUCCCGGCAGCGGCCCUCAGCAAGCUCAGGGUGGUCGAGGAACUGAAACUCUCCUUCAACUCCAUCAGGACCAUCCCUGACAAUGCAUUCCGCUCGUUUGGAAGAUACGUCGAGCGUAUGUGGCUCAACAACAUGGGACUGGAGAGGUUUUCAGAUGGAGCAUUCAAUGGCGUCAGCGGCCUGUCAGCCCUCCACCUGAAUGACAACAAAUUGGAAACUCUGCCUUCAAACCUCGUCUUGACCAAAAUGAAGAACAUGACUCUCUCCAACAAUCCCUGGCAUUGUUCCUGUCCACUUGCUACCGUACGAAGAUGGAUGGAUACUAGCAGGAUUCGUCCAGAUGGUGUCUGUGCUUCUCCAAGUCAAUACCGUGGUCAGCAGAUCCGGGAAACCUCUGCCUUCAGAUCUUGCCCAAAACGUGCAAAGCGCAACAAGAAGAAUGCACUCUGAGCAGGUGGUGGGAAUGUCCGUCCUGGAGACUGACUCCUCGUUUGACAAUACCAACUGCUGACUCCUCACAGCCACUUCCCGCACACACAGAAGGAAUUUUUCAGUCACCAUUGACAGUAAUCGUGAAUCAGCUACAAAUUCCUCAUAGCUUUGAAGAGCACGUAACGGAUUGCAGCUUCAGCACAGCGAUACCUCUUCACAGCCGAAGUGUGUGCACUCAAAAUUCUCAGCGCUUAGAAACAGCAACAAAAAUCGAGUAGCUAAACAUAAAAAUGGGGCAAACAUGCUUCUAACUAGAAGCAUCUCUUCCAAGUAAACAUACACAGGCUUUGUCAUGAUUACUGUAUUAAUAUAUAUAUAUUCACAUAUAUAUUUAUGUAUUCAUAUAAGACAUUUCCUGGGACCUAGAUAAUCUGUUUGAGAUACUUCCUUCCAACCUUCCCUCACCCUUUUAUUAUUAAUAUUAACAGUUAAUAUUACACCCUACUCCUCCAUUGAAGUACCUUUUCGAGAGAGGGACAAGUCCAUUGGGCCAAAUGGUUCUUACCGAUUCCUAACAAAUACAUUCAAAUGUCUUUUGAAAUUAUGACAAAUGACAUGCUCCCAGUGCUUGUUCUGCCAAAUUAUUUUAUAAUUUACUGUCUGAUUUGAAGUAGAUUUGCUUAACUUGCCCGCUCAUUUUCCAUUCCCAACCCUAGAGUCACUUAAUUAUGAUUGUCGACUAUAUCGUGGUCUCAUCUUGUUAGCUGGUACCCAAGGGACAUUACAUUCAAUUUUGAUCCAUAGUAUUUACAAAGACAAAAUAUAAUGGGUAAAGAAGCAAAACGUUUUUGAGUUGCCUGCACUAAUGCAUCACCAAUGUUUCAAUGUUAUAUUUAAGCCAAAAUAGGAUAGGGGGAGGGGUGAAUUCUGGAUAAAGCAGUAUUUGUGCACUUAGCUCUUCUGCCUCUUUAAAAUAACUCUGUACAAAUGAGUUCAAUGGUAUGCAAUAAGAUCCAAUGCACCAAACUACUCCAAGUUGACAAUAUCUCUCAGUUAGGCCAGAGGGUCUGGUCAGUAUCAAAAAUGAAAAUGUUUUACCCUUCAUUAAGCCUAGUUGGGGUCAUAACUUGAUCCUAAAACUAUCAUCCAUCAGUUAAUACCGAAGUGUCAUAUCCUGAUUAUUAAAAGAAAAGUCUAUUAUUGUAUUGCUUUAACUUUAUUUUCAUGGAAUGGCAUACUUCCCAAGGUAGAGGGUGAGUUAGCUGGACAGCGAGUUUGCAAUUCAGAGUAACACCAAUAAUGUUGGUACAAUUUCUGCACUUGCCGAGGUUAUUGUGAAGGAUUCUCCUUCUCGACCUUUCCCCUUACUUGAGGAAUGGUGACCCUCAGAGAUUAAACCACCACUUGUCAUUUCUCUCUAAUGAGUGAGCAUUCCUAUGGUCUGAUAGGACUCUGAUAAUUUUACAAUUUUUUUCAGUUCUUGGAUAGCUUGGUGGGGAAUUGAAAAUUACUGCAACUGUGCAUUGCAAGCCAGAAUCUGCAGUACUCAGCCAUCACACUAACCAAUAACCUCAAAUCAUGUCAAAACUUGCUGAUCCAAGUGACCAACAAUGAAGUUCUCAAUUGUCCAGCCAUACCUCUAUCCAGCUUAUACAGGCUAAUUCUUGAAACUCUGUACCCCUCGUGAAUUUUAUAAGGUGAGCAAACUCUGGCCACAUUCCCAAAAUUAUGCUAAAAGAUUUUACAAAUCCAGGAUAACCAGAACUGUCACUCUCUCCGGUUCAGAGAGAGACCAUUGACUGCAUGUCUGUGAAAGAGACCAGACAAAGGAAGUUAACAGAUCAUAGCCGAUAGUUUAAACAGCUUGAAGUCCUAGUACCCAAUUGGAUAAUCCUAAUUCACCUGCAGGUUUAUGACUUCAUGAAUUUAUUUCAUCAAUUUAGUUCACACAUUCAGUUGUGAACUCACCUUUAGCUUUCCAUCUUUUAAAAAAAUUCAAAGACAGUGAGCAUUGUGGGUGAGGUACUCACUGCAUUUCUAAGCAAUGCACUGUGUGUACAACCUAUGGUCUUUGGCCCCCUCCCAGUAUUCCAGCCUUCUUCGCUCAGGCACCAUGCUGUAUUUAUAUUUCUUAUUGGAUGAUAUCAUCUAUAUGCUUGGGAAAUUUGCCUCAUUGUGGCUGGAUCCUAUUUUGAAACAUUGAGAUCAAUUAUUAUCAGCAACGUAUAACAACUUCAGAUCAACAGGAGUAGCGAUUUAAACAACUGAUGCUGAAGGGUUGGUGUACAUGACAACAAGAUCCACAAAUACCAUUUUGGCCAUCCCUAUGUCCGGCUAAUUACAUGCAGCAUUACAUCAACUGUCAUAUCAUUGACAGACUCUCAUUUAUGGAUACUAGGUAUCCCUUUUCAGAUUGCCCAAUGUUCACUGAACUUCAGUCUGAUGGAUCCUGCACCCAAGCAAAUUUACAUAAAGUCAAAGAAAAAAAAUCAUCACAGAAUAAUGGAAAAACAGAGAAUGGCUUCAAGUUGUUGCUGUGUCUUCAAAGUGAAUGAAAAAGAAUAUGAUACUAAAGAUAUAUCAGCAGCUCUCAAACCCAUGAACCUGAAGGGCACCAAAGAUAAGCAAACACCACCCUACUAGUCCCCCUCCAAAACAUAUUGUAUGCUGUCUUGGAACUAUAUCACCAUUAUUCACUGGGUUAAACUCCAGCAGUCUGGCUGUACCAACACCACAUGGACCAAAGCAGUUCAAGGUGACUCAUCACUACCUUUCAAGAGCAACAAAGGAAGGAUGAUGAAUAUUAGCUAUGCCAUUGAUAUUCACCCAAGAAUGAAGAUAAAAUAUUGCAACAGUCGAAUUGAAUGAGCAGCCAGUGCAGUAACUGAGAGAAUGUAAACCAUGAACACCAGUAUACUACCCUCCGAAACCUAUAUUAAAAUAUAAAUAUGGACUGAAUCUGUCCUGGGCAUCUCUAAUAUUGCCUACCCUCUGGAGUAACUCAUCAACAUCCUGGUAGAACAACUUGCAAGUAGUUAUGAGCUGAAAGUUCAUGAGCACACUGCCUUUAACUAGCUCAUGACCAGACAUGCAUCCUCCCCUUUGCAGCUAUAAUACAAUUUAGAAGGUUCACAAUUAUCUUUUUAAAAAAGAAACCCUUAUUGGUGAGGGAAGUACCAUGGAAAAGCACAGCGAUUUUAAUCUCAAGGUGUGUCGCAUGCUGCGAGGGGUUGCUAUAAUAUUUUAUCUUCAUGCUGUAUAUAAAAUGUUAGUAGAACCUUAGUGCAGGUCACUCUUAACAUAGCCCAAGAGAGAUUAUGGGCCUUAAAAGGAUGUCUCGGGAGUAAUUGCUGCUGCCAAGCUGAUAUUCUCAUCUCCAGUAAGUGUGAAUUGCUGAGCAACUCUUCUGCACUUUACUUGCUGCGUCUAUCAAUAAAAACAUAUUUUCAUAUCA